AGAGAGAGAGAGAGAGAGAGAGAGAGAGAGAGUAUCCUAAACUCGGUAGCACCCGUUCGAUAGAAAUUAUUGAAUGAUGGCCAUCUGUGAUAAAUAAUCUAACGAAAAUAGCGAAACCGAUUGAAGAAUAAAAAAGGGGAACUUACUCUCCACGAAGAAAACAGUGUGAAGGACGCAGCACAGACUGGGUGAAGGAAGGGAAGCAUGGUGGUGUUGACAGUGUGUAAUCUUGUGUUGGAGUAAGACGAAAAUCAAUUUUUUCGGCCUUGCGCACCAGUGACACUUCUCAUACUCGAAAGCAAUGUCUUUUCAAAAGUUUUCGUAUUGCUGCAGGCUGCUGAUUUCUCGCAACAAUGUUUCUUUAAUUUCUCCAAGCAAGCCCGAUUUCUUCCGAAGCCCAAGUUGGACGAAUUGUGAUGAAUUUCAUCAACCUCGUCGAACAUUGUCUCGGUCCCUGUGUAGAUCCUGUCGACGUCCUUUUUCUUUAUUGUCAAAUGGCAACACAGUUCGCCGAUUUAAUAGCGGCUCUAGAAGCACUGAUGCUUUUGCAACAUCAUCAGAGAAAGAUAUUUUAAUACAAGAUGUUGGAGUGUGUGGAUUUGCUACCAAACCAAAACCCCACAUGACCUCGUCCAUGCACAAAUGGAAGAAGAAGAAAAGAAAGAGCAAAGCUCAGCAGAAGAGAGAGUUGGAGAAUCUGCAGCAUGACAUGAUCAAGUUACUGACCAAGCGAGCAUUUCAGCUUGUGCAAAACAAAUCCUUACUGGGAGCUCACCGUCAGGUGGUUACCACACAUGCCUUUAACGACUUUGCUCUGGAUCAAGACCACAACGAUACUAUCUCAGAAUUUGAUGCACACAGGAACAGUGGCCGAGCCUCUCAGACUUCCAAAUGGUCAAGCAGUUUCAUUGCUGAGGCUCUUGAGCCUCAUAUAAAGCUACAGGACACAACUGCCAUCACAGCGCUGAGGAAAGAGGAUGCUUUUCCUGCUCACAAUAAGCUGGAUCACGACAGGGAAACUACUGUCCCCUCAUUAGGAAAGAAUUUGGACUAUAUACAUUUCUCUUUUUCUGAUAUUUACGGAAAACUGGAAAAACAGAACCCCAGCACUGAUAUAAGUGGAUUUGAAUCUAGUCUUCAGCGUUUUGCAGCAGAGUUGAAAAUAGUAAGGGACCCACAGAAAAACAAUGAGAUGCUCAGCUCUCAUAAUUGGGUUGAAGACCAAUCCGAAGACUCGCUGCUUGUGAUGGAAAAUAUCAGAAGUUCUGGAGAUAUGAGAAAUACACCUGGUGAAGGUCAGCCUGCUGAAAUACUUAAGCGUAUAGAUAGUGACUGUCUACAGGCAAAGAUAGACAGCAGUAUACCAGACGAAUAUGAUAGUAUAGCAGAUGGACACAGUAGUAUAUCUGGAACAGCUGAGACUGAUGGGGUGAACAGCACAGAUCUUGCUGAUACCUAUUCUUCUCCCAUGCCUGUUGCUUUUUCUUCAAAAUCUUUAUACAAAGAUGUACUGGAAUAUUCUUCAACGGUCUCAGAUGGACAGAGGGAUGGCCAGAACGUUGUUCCUUCACUCUACGAUAGAUCAGCUGAUGAUGCAAGUUUUCCAUCUGGAAGAGGAGAGAAAAGUUUGUCAGAAGAGUACGUGGCAGAAUUGGAUACGCUGGGUGAGAGACAGGGGACAGAUGGACAACGAACAGAUGGACAGCGACGCUUGAAGCAGGAGAGACAGAGGAGCUCUGUGCAGAAAGAAGGCAGGGGUUCAAAGUUCGGCAAAGGAAAAGGCAAACAAAACAUCAGCAAAGAGUUUCAGGAGCUGAUUGACAAAGCUUUUGUUGAAGCCAGUUGCUUCACAGGAUGUGAAAAGACUGCUGUUAGAAAUCUUCAGUUUCAAGCAAUACACCACAAGAUAACUUCAAUUGAUGUCUUUGACAAACUGAUCCGAGUGUUUGCCAAAAAGGGUGACAUGACGACCAUUAGGUCUCUGUUCUCCAUGUUGAGACAACAAGAGCUGUCGCCCACGCUACAAACUUACGCCGGAUGUCUUGAGUGUGUGGCUAGAAUGGAAAGUCCUGAUGCUUCCAUUUGUGAAAAACUUCUUGCUGAUGUGGAGAGAGUUGGUCUCGACAUAGCUGAAGUGGCCAACUUCUGUAGCUUUGAGCUGGAUGAAUGGGACUAUGUCCUCAGGGCCAUUCGACUGGUUAUGCCAGAGUUCUCGCCGAAUCCAUCGACCAUCAUAAACAAGUACAAUAAUGAGCUUCUCAGAGGCCUGAACGAAAAUAACGAUCUGAGGCUUGAGGAGAACCAGUAUGCCAUCAGCCUGGGCCGGGAGGAGAUGAUGGACCGUUUGUGGCGUCAGCUAGACAUGGAGAAAAGUGGGGAGGUCUCGGUGGACUCUAUAUCCGCCCCAGUGUUUGACAGCAGCACUGAUGCCAAGACUAAAAGACUGAAGGACCAGAUCCUAUCCUACUGGCAAAAAUCUCUUUUAGAUUCAUUCAAUAGCAAACUAGUCAGCUAUGAGAAAAAAGCUCAAGACAACAUCAACAUGACGCUGUUUCCCUACCUGAAGCUGUUCCCUCCAGAGGACUAUGUGGACAUCAUUUUCAAGACGCUGAAGGAAUUGUUCAGCUCAUCAGAGGGUUACAGUCCCACACAGGCCAUGCUGCAGAUCAACAUGGGCCGAGCCGUCAACAGGAAGUACAAUGUGGAGUCCAGGCUGGCUGCUGGAAUGGACACAAAGAUGGUUCGCCUGUACGAGCUCUACAUGGAGGAAUAUCUGAGUGAGUCUGGACCACUGGACAACCAUAGACUGAUGUGGCUACGGGCCAUGUGCCAGAACUUUGAUACCAUCAACAUGGAUAUGUCCCCUAAGAAAUGGCCUCGGUACGUGAUCAAAGGGGUGGGGAAGUUUCUCCUGGACAUGAUUCUCUACGACCUCAAGAUCAAUGCCAACAUGAUGAGGCCCAGAGCCCCACAGAGACCUGUGCCAGCAUUUUGCACCAUCUACAGACCAGAUGUCUCUCUCACCACUAAUGCUGAAAUAAAGUUACACCCCGUUGUCAUGAAGCUGUUCAAGGUGGAUUACUCUGAACCAUUCAGCUUUGCCCCUGGCGUCGUGCCCAUGCUUGUCCCCCCUGUACCCUGGAUCUCCAAGAAUAUUGGCAGUUUGUUGCUGGGAUCUAAUGCCCUGGUGCGAAUUGGUGACGACAUUCACCAUGUGGACGCCCUGAAGGAUGUGAAAGAGACGCAGUACUCAGCCGUACUGGACAGCCUCAACACACUCAGUGCUUGUGCCUGGAAGAUAAAUACACCAAUUCUUGACCUACAGAUACAGCUGUUCAACAAUAAGGGAGACAACCUGCUCAAAGUUUCUCCCCCUGCGUCAGAAAUGCCACCUCUGCCAGCAGUAACUUCGGAGAUGUCCAGCAAAGAGAAAGCGUUGUUGUAUCGCGAGCGUAUCCAGCUGCAGCAGCAGAAACAGGACAUGCACGGCUUGUGGUGUACUGACUUGUACAGGCUCUCUAUAGCUAACAAGUUUCGUGAUGAGACAUUUUGGUUUCCUCACUCCAUGGAUUUCCGGGGCAGGACAUAUCCACUCCCACCUCAUUUCAACCACUUAGGCAGUGACAAUGUCCGUGGGAUGUUGCUAUUUGCCAAAGGGAAACCUCUCGGAGACAAAGGGUUAGACUGGCUCAAGAUUCACCUCAUCAACCUCACGGGCCUGAAGAAAAGGUGUUCGAACCAAGAGCGACUUGAGUAUGCGGAUAGCAUUAUGGAAGAUAUUCUAGAUUCUGCUGAUCACCCACUGACAGGCAGGAAGUGGUGGCAACAGUCGGAUGAGCCAUGGCAGACACUGGCCUGUUGCAUGGAGCUGGCUCAGAUUGCCAGACAUGAAGGAAACAUUGAGGACUAUGUGUGCCAUUUCCCUGUGCAUCAGGACGGUUCGUGUAAUGGCCUCCAGCACUAUGCGGCCAUUGGCAGAGACCAGGCAGGAGCAGAGUCAGUCAAUUUACAUCCCUUUGAUAUACCGCAGGAUGUCUACAGUGAUGUCGUGGAACUGGUGGAGCGAGAAAGGAAGAAAGAUGCAGAAAACGAUGUUGAAAUUGCCCAAAUUCUGGAUGGUUUCAUCAAGAGAAAGGUCAUUAAACAGACCAUCAUGACCACUGUGUACGGAGUGACCAAGUUUGGAGCCAAGCUACAGAUCCACAGACAGCUCAAAGACAUACCAGACUUCCCCACAGAGAAGGCAUGGGAAGCCAGCCUGUAUCUCACAGACCGAACCUUCGUGUGCUUGAGAGAAAUGUUCACAGCUACAAAAGACAUUCAGGACUGGCUGACAGAGGCGGCGCGGCAGAUCUCGGCUGUCCUCCCUGUGGACUGGCAGACGCCGCUUGGAUUUCCCGUGUUACAGCCUUACUUCAAGAAACUUCAUAAAGGAGAUCCAAAACAGGACAAAUUCAAACCCAACACUCUGAAGCAGAAGAACGCAUUUCCUCCCAACUACAUCCACUCCUUGGACUCCACACAUAUGAUGUUGACAUCUCUCUACUGUAUGCACGCUGGGAUCACGUUUGUCUCUGUCCACGACUGUUACUGGACGCACGCCUGUGAUGUGUCCGUCAUGAACAAGGUUUGCCGUGAACAGUUUGUCAACAUGCACAAGCAGCCACUGCUGGAGGACCUGUCAGAACAUUUGGUGGAGCUGGUGCAGAGGGCCAUGAGGGACCCCACUCUAUGUGAAGAGAUGAAGAAAAUUGACACUCAAGCUUUGCUGUCUCUGCUACAGGAUGUUCCCAAGAGAGGUUCAUUCAAUUUGGACAAUGUGCUGAAGUCGCCAUAUUUCUUCAGUUGAUGGACUGAACUUGUUAAGUUGUGAAAGAACAAGUUUCUUCUCCCCACCACCACCAACACCAAGAAUCAAAACAGAAAUAUUAUAUUGGCUGUGACCCGAGCUUGUGUGUUUCGCAUUUAUUGUCAUAAUGGAUGUUUAGUCUAAUAACUUAUAGUUGACCUUUGUGAAGGAAGUUGUGAUGAAAGAGGUUUUUGAUUCACUGACUUUCUCAAAAAGACCUAGUCUGUAAUAUGGUCUGGCUGGUCAUUACGUUUGUGCAGAUAUCGUACACAUAGAUGUCCUUGCCUAGUAGUAAACUUAUAUAGACUGCAGACUUAAAAAAGCUUUUAUGUGUGUAAAGUCUUGGCAGGGCUGCCAAGUUGGGAAAAAUUAAUCGAGGGACACAUCGGACUUCGCAGGGCUACAUAACUUAUAAGACUUACCCCCCCCCCCCCUAAAAACUCUUUGGAUUUGUUAACCCUUUGAGCCCUGAGCUGCUCCACUAAAGCGUAUCUCUGUUCCUGGGUUCCCCAGCCAAAAUAGACCAAAAUGCAUAGGGUACAGAUGGACAGCCAUAUCUAACUCUUUGCCUACUGAAAUUUUUUUGGAGUUUGGACUGAAUUAUUUCCCCUAAAAAAUUUACAGCCCAGGGUAUGUCAGAAAAACAGUCAUAACUUCACUAAAAAUGUAGCUGCUAUCUCUUUAGUUUUGGUCAGAAAUCAAAGGAAAAUGAAUGGACUGUCGCAAUAAAUUUGAUUUGAUGCUAAAUUAAUUGAAAUAAAGAAAUGACAGGGAGUGAAAGAGAGGGAACUUUCUGACAAUAAAAAUAGGAACAUAAAAAUUGAAAACUAACCUCCAAAUAUUGCUUUUAUUCUUCUACUAUCCCAGGUAUCCUCCAGUAGAGCAAACUGCAGCCAAUAUCCAAUAAACAACAGUUGGAAUCAUGUUGAUAGGUCCAUAUUUGUAAAAGUUAUGUCCAUUUUAGUGUCGUUGGGUGAAAAUGCAUAAUUUAUAAAAAUUCAGCCGAAACCAGAAAAGAACAACAAUACUACUCUAUACAACAAUUGACAUCUGCCCCAUCAAAGUCAAUCAAAUGUUGUCCUUGUGCCCUCUCAGUUGGAGUGCCUUCUGGUCUUCUGCCCUUUUGUAGUGUGGGGAGAAUAGCAAGAUGACUUAUGCUUGCAGCCACAGCAGUCAAUUCCUUGAUAAGUAUGUCCUUGAACUGUGCAAGUGGCAUUUGCUUUGUCUCUGUUGGACGUGAGAGUUUGAACAGUAUGUGCGAAUUUACUUGCGCCACUUCAGUCAUCCAGGCAAACACUUUUUUCCACCAUUUCUUGGUUUUACGAGAAUGAGUGCCAUAAUAUGAGAUGAGUUGAUCUAUUCGAUCGCACCAAUUCAUCUUCAUGUUAUAGUCUUGCUCCAUGAUCGGCUUUUCUACUGGUUGCCCUACUUCCUGCACAGUCACCAUGCCGGCAGUACUAUGCGUAGACACCAGAAUGCACAGCUUUUUAGCUUUUUUGUCCCUCCAGCUGGCUACAAGCACCUUAGAGUUUUUAUCCUUGUAGAAAACUACUUCUCUGUGGUGAGCAAGUGUUUGUGUUUUGAGCUGAGGUGGAAAUCCCUUUCGGUUGACUUGAAGGGUGCCGGUGUAAUUGUAGUUUUUCUCCUGGAGGUAUUUGAGGAGUGCAGCAGAUGUAUAAACCCUGUCUGCAUAGAUGGGAUGGUGAGGCUUCAAUAGUUCCAGCAAUUUGUCCAAAACCUUCACUGCAUGGGCUGAUGGUUGAUCCACUUCUGGUCAGUACGACGUUCCCAUUCCGAAAUAAA